AUGCAACAACAACAAGAAACAAGUAAUAAUAUGCAUACUGCUACUACUUCUACUACUACUACUAGUAGUAGUGUUGUUAAUAUAACAAUACCACUAUCGGAGAUUGAACAAUAUAAACAACGUAUUAAAGAUUUAGAAAAUGAUAAUAUUAAAUUAAAAUCAAAGAUUGAAAAAUUACAAAAUGCAAAUACUAACCUUCAAUUACAAGUUGAAGAGGAAGAAGAAUUAAUAACAAAUAAAUUGAUGAAGAAAUUAAAUCGAUUAAAGAAGGAAAAAGAAACACUUGUUAAACAAGUUGAAGAAGAAGAAGAAUUGUUAACAAAUACUUUACAAAAGAAACUUGAAAAGGUUCAACAAGAAAAAAUUUUUAUUGAAAGUAAAUUAAAACAAGAUAAGGAAUAUAUUGUUACUCAAUUGAGAAAACAAUUAGAAUCUGUUUUGAGUGAAAAAUAG